CUCAAACGAAGCACCAUGGUACUGAACAUUGCAAGCUCACAUCCGUGUGAUCAAAUACCCUAGGUUUCUGCUUUGUCAAAUCGCAUGGCCACCUCCUCGAUGUCCUGUGGGAGACUGGUAAGUUGGAUUUCUGCUGCUGUCCUGCUUCAGAUUCUAGGUCUCUGGCUCUUCGUAAGCGGCUUCUUCCCCGUUAAGCCAACUGUUCCGGGUUUCAGCGGGCCAGAGAGCUAUCGGAUGCCAACUUGUGAAGAUGUGCUGGUAGAUGAAAGAAGGGAUCUGCUUCCAGAUCAGCUGGCCAAAAUGUAUAUGGAUUUAUCUCAAAUUCCUCCUGCAUUUGAUCGAAUGAUUUUGAUGGUCAUUGAUGGUUUACCUGCUGAGUUUGUGCUUGGAAAAGGUGGCCAGCCUCCAGAGAAGUCUUUGAUGGAGGCAAUGCCAUAUACGCAAUUUUUGCUUUCUGAAAGAAGGGCAAUAGCUUUCCAUGCUAAAGCUGCUCCACCUACAGUGACAAUGCCUCGUUUAAAAGCUAUGAUAUCAGGGGCAAUUGGAGGAUUUCUUGAUGUGGCAUUUAAUUUUAACACUCAGGCAUUUUUGGAUGACAAUCUUCUUGAUCAAUUUUAUCAGAUUGGUUGGAAGUUGGUUAUGUUUGGUGAUGACACAUGGAUUAAGUUAUUUCCUAGUUUGUUUAGAAGAUAUGAUGGAGUCAACAGUUUUUAUGUGAAAGACACAGUGGAGGUUGAUUUCAAUGUUUCUCGCCAUUUGGAAGUUGAACUUGUGGCUAACGAUUGGAAAUUGAUGAUUCUACAUUAUUUGGGUUUAGAUCAUGCUGGGCAUAUUGCUGGUCGUCACAGUCUGCUGAUGAAUUCUAAGCUGAAGGAAAUGGAUGAUACUAUUAGAUUGAUUCACACACAUAACGCUUUGAAUGGAGAUGAUGAUGGAGGGCGCACACUUUUGGUUUGUAUCUUGCACCUUAAACAUAUUUGGCUACCAUGA